AUGCCCGCCUACAACAGCAUAUUCAACACCGAUUCCCCCACAACCCUCCACCUAAUCGGCAACUUUCCCCUCCUCCCUCUCCGCACCAAGGUCCGCGGACCCGCCUACACGCUCCCGCUCGAUCCCUCACUCCCCGCCCAUCUCUCUCCAGAGCCCGACUCCGAGUCCUACGAUGCACUAGACGAAGUGCUUUCGCUCUUCCGCGCCAACACAUUUUUCCGAAAUUUUGAGAUCCAGGGGCCUCCAGACCGUCUCUUGAUCUAUGGCAUUCUGUGGGUCAGCGAGUGUAUUGGGAAGGUGAAGCCUUCGAUGGGGGCGCGCGAGGCCCAGAAGGAGGUCCAGAAUAUUGCGCUCGAUAGCAAUUUCGCGGUGCCGGGGGAUCCGGGGUUUCCUUUGAAUCAGAUGUUCGAAGCACCCGCCUCGCGCCAAGACGCAGAAACCCUUCGUCAAUAUCUAGGACAGGUGCGUCAAGAACUGGCGAGCAGAUUAUUAGCACGCAUUUUUGAUACCGAAGAUGGCAAGCCUAGUAAAUGGUGGUUGAGCUUUACGAAGAGGAAGUUUAUGGGGAAGAGUUUGUGA